GGUCCUUCUGCUGGGUGGACACUUAGAGCAAUUACUUCUCUGGAGAGUGACUGUCAAUCAUUCUUAAAGGGGAAGGCCACCAAUUAAUAACCUCGUCUUAAUCCCGUGGACUCAUUUCCAAUCUGCAGGGCCCGUAGACAUCUGCAUCUGAUUCUAAAUAAAGAAUCUCUUGGGCUUUGAGCAAAGUUGGGUCCAUGAGAAAUAAGGGCUGCUGCCGAGAACUUUGGCAGCCAAGUCGUGAGAUUGGCACCGUGGAACUGCCUGCUGGCCUUCCAGGAGGAACCCGGUACAGAGUUAAAUAAUCUUCUGCCUAGGACAAGUUGUGUCCGUGCAGCGACAUUUAUUACCAAGCAGAGGCCAAGAUGUUCCUCAGUAAGUGCGAGGGGGAACUGAGCGAGCUGCGGAAGAGCGUGGACAGCGAAGGUACAACACCGGAGACCCAGGACGAGGAGCAGCCCAAGAAGAAGCACCGCCGCAAUCGGACUACGUUCACCACCUACCAGCUGCAUGAACUGGAGCGGGCCUUUGAGAAAUCGCACUACCCGGAUGUCUACAGCCGCGAAGAGCUGGCCAUGAAAGUCAACUUGCCGGAGGUCAGAGUUCAGGUCUGGUUCCAAAACCGGAGGGCCAAGUGGCGACGGCAGGAGAAGAUGGAGGCCAACUCCAUGAAGCUUCACGACACUCCCAUGCUGUCCUUCAACAGGCCUCCCAUGGCUGCUAACGUCGGACCCAUUGGCAACUCUCUCCCGCUGGACCCAUGGCUGACAUCCCCCAUUUCCAGCGCCACCACGGUGCACAGCAUCCCAGGAUUUAUGGGGCCCACCCAAGGCCUGCAACCCACCUACGCUGGUCACUCAUUCCUCAACAGCCCACCAGCAAUGCCCCAGAGCAUGCAGCCAAUGGCGCCCACACCGUACCAGUGCGCCGCCCCUUUCGUGGACAAGUACCCCUUGGAGGACGUCGACCAGAGGAGCUCUAGUAUCGCUUCCUUGCGCAUGAAAGCCAAGGAACACAUUCAGACCCUGGACAAAACGUGGCAACCGAUUUGACGGAG